CUAUUUGCUAUUCGUGAUGAGAGCUUCUUGUGUAAUUUUUGUGGCCCUCCUUUGCUUCUCCUUGGGCUCCGCCAAGUUGUUCGACGAUGAGCUGCGCGAACUGACGGAGUUCCUGCGAUUGCAGAUGCGAUGUGGUUAUCCGGACAGAGGAGUUCCCAUUUUGGCCCCAGCCCAGAUAGCCUACCAAGAAAUCGCCCUCAAAACUGAGAGCUUUGGUUGCAAUGGAAACUUUACUAAACUGAUUCUCGAGGGCCUAGAUGGCUAUGAAUUCUCCAAGCUGGAAUGGAACAACAUUUUCCAUACCAUCAAGUUCGACAUUAACUUUCCCAAGAUUUCGCUGAAGAGCUCAAACUAUAAACUAAAUCUCCUGGCCCGUCUGUUCGGCGGUGAUUUCUCCCUGUGGGGCGAUGGUGUCUUUAAUCUGGAGUUGAUCAACUUCCGUGCUUACGGCAGCUUCGUCAUUCGCCCAAAGUCGGCCACCAGUGGAGUGUAUGUAAAGAGCUGGAAGGUCAACUGGGAAUUGGAGGAGGCCAAGUCACAGAUCACAGGCAUCAUGAACAGUCGCCUGUACUCGAAGUUCAUCAACGAUCUGGUCAAGGAGUAUCUAGAGAUCUUGAUCAACGACAACCCCGCGGAAGUUUCCCAGUUCAUGGAGGAGCUCAUUGUGCCGCCGAUGAACGUAGUGCUGGAUAACAUAGCCUGGUACGAGAUUACCGCUAUCAUUUUGGGCCUGGUCGAUGGCAUUCUGCCGGUGGAGCCAAUUUGCUGAAGUGCUGCCCCGUUGAGGAAGUCGACUGCCAGGUGUUCAAGUGUUUGAAUGUGAAUAAAUGACUAAGAAAACAUUUGAUAACAAAUAUAA